AUGACGUGUAAGCCCAGCCCACAAACCAAGAUGACGCCUGUUGCAUUCUUUGUUGUGAAAAUUACUCCAACGACCAACAGGGUGAAACUUGGAUUCAGUGCCAAUCAUGUAGGUUGUGGGCGCAUAUUGAGUGCUCAGCAUGCGACACGGAAUAUGCCUGUGAAGAUUGAGAAGAUAACUGACCCGUUGACGCUGGGCGAGGGUCCUCAUUGGGAUGAGAGGCAGCAGGCGCUGUUCUUUGUGGACAUACUCGAAUGUACUAUACACAAAUACGUGUUGUCCUCCAAGAAACAUACGAAGACAAAACUCGACGGUCGACCGGGCUUCAUAGUACCAGUAGAGGGUAAAACGGACCAAUUUAUAAUAGGCUUGGAGUUGUCCUUUGUGAUAAUACAAUGGGACGGCGAGGAAGGCAGCCCGGCGAAGGUUCUACAGACAUUAGCUGACGUGGACCAGGACGUGUCUCCCAAACCCAGGAUUAAUGAUGGCAAGGCUGACCCUCGAGGAAGGAUUUUUGCAGGCUCCAUAGGCUAUGAAAAUCCUCCUGGUAAGUUUGUGCCAAAACAGUGUUCACUGUACCGUCUGGAUAAGAGUGAAGUGAAGAAAGUGUGCGGAGACAUAACGGUGUCCAACGGACUGGCCUGGGACCUCGAGAGAAAGGCCUUCUAUUACAUUGACAGCAUGGACUUGAAGAUUAGGAGAUACGACUACGACGUGGACACCGGGGAUGUUUCGAACAUGAAGUAUAUAUUCGACCUGCAGGCCAACGGCGUGGAAGGCUUCCCUGACGGAGCCACGAUAGACUCGGAGGGUAACCUGUGGGUGGCCGUGUUCUCCGGCUCCUGCGUGCUCCAGGUGGACCCCGUCCGAGGGACAUUGAUCCAGAAGCUGUCGAUCCCCGCCAGCCAGGUGACCUCCGUCACCUUCGGAGGUCCGGACUUCGACAUCAUGUUCGUGACGUCAGCCAGUGUGGACUACACCGGCCCCCAGGAACCUCCCGGCGGCUGCACCUUCAUGGUCACAGGCGUCGGGGCCAAAGGUCUCCGUAAUGUUUGCUACAAGCUCCAGUAA